AUGCCAAGAGGCGCAGGCAUCGCUAAUGGGAUAGAAGUGAGCCUCCUCACCCUCUUCUCCUCCUACGCGCCGCCGAGAAUUGGGCUGACAAGUCCGAUCUCGGUGGAGUUCGCAGAUGGGCGGAAGCUGAACGAGUUCAAGACCCAACACUUCUCAGCUACAGAAACCGAAGUCGCUCGAACGGACGUCUGGCUGGAGGCGGAAACGGAAAAGGAGUUCCAAGUCGUUCUGAGGGAUCUUACGCCUGCCCCUCGAAGUGCCGAUGGCAUCAUCCGAGUCAAGCUGGCUCUUGACGGACGUCCUGCCGGUGAUGGGCUAUUGGACGGCUUCAAAACCUGGACUUCCUGGGACACGGUCGAUGAUGUGAACAACGCAGAUGUCAGUCGUGAGGAAGCGCGAAGCAUCGGCUCCAUCACUGCCAUGGUCAAAUUCGGCAGGAUUGUAACCAAGCCGAGCGGUAUAAGAAGGACAACGAUCUUGGCAGACGUAGGCAAAAUUCUGGAGUCUGACGCAAAUGGUAAUCUGGCCAAAGCAACUGAAGCGGAGGCGCCAACGAGCUGUAAUAAGUUCAAGUUCUACGCCCGGAAGACCGACUCGCACUAUGAGUUUCGGAUGAGGUACUGCACGCGUGAAGUCAUUAGGAUCAAGCUGGGUCCCGACAAGCCUGCGCAAAGCAUACCCACCCCCUCUCCGGCUCGCGCCUCCACCUCCCUAUCGUCUACUCCUGUCAAUCGUAAACGGCUCCGACAGCCGUCUCUCUCCCUCUCCGAAUCUUCUUCCAGUUCUUCGUCAUCUUCCUCCUCCGAAUCAGACGAUGCUGGCCCGACGCCGGCUCUCCCGAUCGACGGUCCCCAAUAUAGGAUGCAGGCUAUGUUCAAGGCAUUCAUCGAAUCGCAAUUGGCAGAGGCGGAAAGACAGCGGAAAGCGAAAGCAGCGAAGAAGCUGUCAAAGGCCGAAGCGAAGAAGCAGAAGCGGGAGGCACGGGCUCGGAGACGGACGGAGAAGGGCUCGAGGGCUGUGGUUGAUGUGACCCUUGACUCACAUGGCGAGAAGGAGGCGUCAGGCGGGAUGGCUAGCACAGCAGUCCGUGGCGUGGAGAGUGAGGUAGCCAGUGGGGUGAAGCUUGAACGAACCGGAAAGUAG